AUGCCUAUGAAAAAGAUCAUCUCGUCUUUGAAGAAGAAGAGUUCUGCAGAUUCUGACUCGCAGUCUGAGUGCAGCAGUCUGAAAUCUGGCUCUUCUUCUUCUAGGAGGUCGGCAAUCGGUAGCCAUGUAUCACAACCUCAUCUCCAGCACCAGAACCAUCAACUAGACCAUGCGAGUUUUCCUGUGAGUCAGCCUAAUUUUCGUGAUGACCAGUCCAUGGCUGCUUCGACUAUGGGCAACUCUUUCCAGUUAUCAUACAAUAGCAACUCGGUGUUCAGUAAGGGAAGGACAAUAGGCACGACCUCAACUGGGGUUUCUUCGAUGCAAAGCGGUGGAGGGAAAAGAUCUGAAUUCCAACAGUUCACCAGUAUUGGAAGACCUUUGAGGGUGCUUGAUGAAGACGAUUCUGAAGAAAGUGAUGGAAGAGAGCAGACAAGGCAGGAAAGUAAGGUUAAAGACCCCGAGGCUUUGGGGCAAGAGAGUGCUACUGGAGCAAUCCCCAUCAACAAUAGAAGACAAUCCAAAGAGGCUCAGGAUGAGGCCGCAUCUUCACCGGUAUCGCUUCAGUUCGGCUUUCCUUCUUACUCGCGCGCAAAUGCUUUUGGAGAACCAACGAUAAACCACGGUGGAUCACUCGCUUCAUCUCCUAUUAACAGAGUCAUAUCGCAUGCAUCUGCCCAUUCUAGCUUGAAUGAAGGACCAUCUCCAGAGCUGCUUCAGAUGCUAGAGUAUGUGGAGAAGCAGCUACGUCACCUUUCGCUAAGCAUUAGCAACACUUUGCUUCAGGUCAGUCAGAGCGUGAUGAACCUAACAAAAGCGGCUGUUGCGGUAAGCGAAAGCAUCAAAAGCACCAUUGCGGUUCUCUCAGCGAAAACGCAGAUGAACAAGGUGAUGGCAAAGUUGUUAUUGCCUGGACAAUUGACGACAGUGAACAGUCCAAAUUUGAGGAGGCUGAUCAAAAAUAUGUUAUUCCUGGUAGAUCAUCUACUCGUGGGAAAUGUCUACCAACGUUCUAAAGUGCUGAUCUUGUCUAGUUUACAUGAUCUUCUCUUGAAACUCAAGCUGGCAGAUCCCGCUUCUGAUGUUACUGAUUACAGCAACAUUUUACAACCUACUUUAUUCCCGUUGGGAGCUACUACGGCUCCGUUCCCUAACGAGGGUCAAACUGCUCUCAUCAUGGACUCUCUUGUGACAAAAUUUACCUCCACUGGUGAAGAUGGAAGUAGCGGGUUGUUGAGUGAUCAGGAGGGUUCGUUUAUCGCUCCAGUUCUUCGUGGUUUCCAGAAUGUCAAUCUCUCAGUCAUAACUUUUGUGUUUGGAUUUCCUGAGCUCACCAGAGAACACCUUGAUGUUGUGAAAGUGUUCUCCAAUUCUGUUGAAAACUUCCACUUUGUUUGCCAGAAGAACAUGAUCAAGCUUGCUGCCACUGCAGCCCCUGCUCCCACUGGGCCAACAAUUCCUGUUGGCCGUACUCGUUUGGACGAGGUUAACGUUUCAGCCCAGAACUCGGCGAUGUACACCUUCAAGGCUCCUUUUAGAAACGCUCUGAACCCUCAAGCACCACCUAUAUCGAUGUCUUUAGCUUCGGAAAAUGCUCUGACAUUGAGUGGAACUCUGGGUGGUUACCUAUAUCCGAAGAUUCCCAAGGAUACUAAGAACCAAAAACUGCUGAAAUAUGCCAAUAAUGUGUUUGGAGUUACGUGUGCCCAUGUUGCCCUCAACUCAGACACUACUUACAAAGGACCAAGCGACUACCCCAACAUCUCAGUGCCGUCGCCUGUACUGGUGAACUUGUACAAGAGGGCACUUGUUGGGGAGCGCUCCAAGUAUAACUCUUACUCUGAGGAAUACAAGGCUUAUAACGGUGUUGUGAAUCAGAUUGACUCGAUUUUUCCACUACAAAACGUGACUGUUCAAAUGCAGCAAACCGCUGAGGAUGGUUCUACUAUGCUUGUUGAAAAGGAAGUCAAGAGAAACGUUCCCAGUUCGAGAUUUGGACAAAUCGUUUGGGGAGAACGGAUCAUCAACGAGAGCAAGGGAAUGUUAUCAGAUAUUGCAAUAAUCAAGGUCAACAACCGGAUGAAGUGUCUCAACUUCUUGGGAGAUGAUGUGAAUUUCAGCGAAUAUGAUCCAAGUCUCAUGUUCUCAAACCUUUACGUUAAGGAGCUGGUUGACCUGUCUACGCUGGGCAAAAGAGCAACUGCAGCAGGCAUAGGUGGAGGUGCUGGUCUAGAAGUUUUCAAAUACGGGUCUACCACUAAGUAUACCAGGGGAAACGUAAAUGGAGUGAAGAUGGUUUAUUGGUCAGAUGGAAGACUCCAGAGCUCGGAGUUUGUCAUCAGGUCUUCCAACUACGGUGAUUCCAUCAACAACUCGGGAGGUCCUGGUGCUGCAAGUAACGCUAGGGGAACUGCGGGUUUGGGAUUUGCAGCAGGUGGUGAUUCAGGAGCAUGGGUUCUUGCCAAGUUGUCUGAUGUGGAAUCCUUCAGCGAGCAUCAACAGCAAAUCUCACAACCAAAGCCAAAGACAGGAUUCUUGGGAACGAUUUUCGAACAAUUCCAAGAAUCCCUCAUCUCUGGAGCCUUGAACGUCGGUGGAUCCGGUGUUGAACAGGGACCUUCAGGAAUUGAUCGUCCCGCAAAAAAGACCCCAAAAACAGGUUUGGGAGUGGUGGGAAUGCUUCAUUCAUACGACGGCGAAUUCAAACAGUUUGGGUUAUUCACCCCAAUGACGAGCAUUCUCGAAAGGUUGCAAGAAGUGACGAAUAUAGAGUGGGGAAUCGUAGGAGUCGAUAACUGCGAAGAGGAUUUGGACGUUCGCAGCGAAAACGAGAGCGGAUAUGAUACCGAGGAGGUCUCGUCUUUGAACGAUGAUACUUUUGCGAAUGACGGGGCACAGCCUCCUACAAUAUAG